AUGUUCCAAAGCUAUUCAACAGCUUUCUACGAGAGUGCUGUGGACGAGGCCUUACAGAGUCCAAACGGACACCUGGACUUGUUCCUGCGCUUCCUCCUGGGUCUGUCACUGCCGACCAAUCAGAAUCUUCUACGAGGCCUGCUGACACAGACAGGAAGCAGCUCACAGACCAGUCAGAAAACAGUGGAGUACAUCAAGGAGAAGAUCGGUGAGGAUGUGUCUGCAGAGAGAAGCAUCAAUCUGUUCCACUGUCUGAAUGAACUGAAGGAUGUUUCUCUAGUGGAGGAGAUCCAACAGUCCCUGAGAUCAGGACAUCUGUCCACAGAUAAACUGUCUCCUGCUCAGUGGUCAGCUCUGGUCUUCAUCUUACUGUCAUCAGGAGAAGAUCUGGACGUGUUUGACCUGAAGAAAUACUCUGCUUCAGAGGAGGCUCUUCUGAGGCUGCUGCCAGUGGUCAAAGCCUCCAAGAAAGCUGAACUGAGUGACUGUAGUCUGUCAGAGAGAAGCUGUGCAGCUCUGUCCUCAGUCCUCAGCUCUCCGUCCUCCAGUCUGAAACAUCUGGACCUCAGCAAUAACCAGAAUCUGAAGGAUUCAGGAGUGAAGAGUCUUUCUGCUGGACUGGAGAGUCCAAACUGUAAACUGGAGACUCUCAGAUUGAAGGGCUGCAGUUUGUCAGAGAUCAGCUGUGAUUCUCUGGUCUCAGCUCUGAAGUCCAACCCCUCCCAUCUGGAACAUCUGGACCUGAGCAGGAACGAAGACCUGAAGGAUUCAGGAGUGAAACAUCUGAGUGGUUUUGUGGAGAGUCCAGACUGCAUCCUGAAGACUCUGAGAUUGGAGGACUGCAGUUUGUCAGAGAUCAGCUGUGAUUCUCUGGUCUCAGCUCUGAAGUCCAACCCCUCACAUCUGGAACUUCUGGACCUGAGCUACAACAACCUGAAGGAUUCAGGAGUGAAACAUCUGAGUGGUUUUGUGGAGAGUCCAGACUGCAUCCUGAAGACUCUGAGAUUGAAGAACUGCAGGUUUUCAGAGAUCAGCUGUGAUUCUCUGGUCUCAGCUCUGAAGUCCAACCCCUCCCAUCUGGAACAUCUGGACCUGAGCCACAACAACCUGCAGGAUUCAGGAGUGAAACAUCUGAGUGGUUUUGUGGAGAGUCCAGACUGCAUCCUGAAGACUCUGAGAUCGGAGAACUGCAGUUUGUCAGAGAUCAGCUGUGAUUCUCUGGUCUCAGCUCUGAAGUCCAACCCCUCACAUCUGGAACAUCUGGACCUGAGCUACAACAACCUGAAGGAUUCAGGAGUGAAACAUCUGAGUGGUUUUGUGGAGAGUCCAGACUGCAUCCUGAAGACUCUGAGAUUGGAGGGCUGUAGUUUGUCAGAGAUCAGCUGUGAUUCUCUGGUCUCAGCUCUGAAGUCCAACCCCUCCCAUCUGGAACAUCUGGACCUGAGCUUCAACAACCUGAAGUAUUCAGGAGUGAAACAUCUGAGUGGUUUUGUGGAGAGUCCAGACUGCAUCCUGAAGACUCUGAGAUUGAUGUACUGCAGGUUGUCAGAGAUCAGCUGUGAUUCUCUGGUCUCAGCUCUGAAGUCCAACCCCUCACAUCUGCAACAUCUGGACCUGAGUGGAAACGACCUGCAUCAUUCAUCAGUGAAACAUCUGUUAGAUCUUGUGAAGAGUCCAGACUGCAUCCUGAAGACUCUGAGGUGGAAGUAUUGAUGCUGAUCAAGACGGUGUUUGUGGUGAGAGGAUGAAGUGUGUCCUGAUGAUCCAGAUGUUGAAGCAGCAGCUGGUGUGCAGAGACUCUGACUGGACCGUGUUACUGGGAGGUGGACUGGGAACCAGUGUAAAGUGUGUUGUUCUCACUGUGUAGUUUAGUGUUGCAGCUCCACACUGAAUGAUGGAGAAGUGCAGUUAAUGUUGACAUGAAACAUUGGAAAACAUCAGCUGAUGAGAACAAAGUGUCCUGGAAUCAUGUCAGCUGAAGCCUCGGAGCCCAGAGAGAGUUUAGUGAAGAACAUUUCUGCAUCUGACAGCGUUUGAUCUGCAUUCAUUCACAAACAUGCAACCAUGAAGCUGUUUCUGAGGCGAACAGACUGAGAAUGCUGAAAGUGCUGCACAGAAAGCCUCUCUGCACAUUUCUACAUCAGCUGGUUGACAAUGUUGGUUUUCUGAUGACCUCUCUGACAUCCUGCAGAAAAACCAAACCUUCUAAACUUUC